AUGAAAAGAAGCGAAAGAUCGACAAAGCGUGAUCCAUCUUAUUGGGAGUAUGUUGAUGCUUAUCAUUCGGUUCAAAACAGCAACACCUCAGUCAGACCCAGUGCAUCAUCUUUUGCACCACCGAAGCCAGCAAGGAUGAUCCCCAUGUUGGAUCAAUUUCCGCCAUUUAUGCAUGGUUUCAUUGAGGAUGUUGUUGAUGUGAAAGCGGAUGGUAAUUAUGGAUAUCGAUCAGUUUUCGCUUUGUUAGGUAUGGGAGAAGAGUGUUGGGCCAUGAUGCAUAAUGAAUUGAUUAAAGAACUUGGCAAAUGGUCGCAAGACUACAUAAAGAUCUUUGGUGGCACGGAGAGAUAUGAACAGCUGAGGUUGUCCCUACACAUGGAUGGGUUAUCCAAGGUUAGUAUGGACAAAUGGAUGGAUAUAACAGAUAUGGGAUAUGUAAUUGCGUCAAGAUAUAAUGUAAUCCUUGUAUCAUUGUCACGACAACAGAGCUUCACAUUUUUUCCUCUCAGAAGUCGACCACCGGCCAAUUCUGCCGCGCACCGCAUAAUAUGCGUCGGGCAUGUGUAUGACAGUCAUUUUGUUCAGGUUUUUCUGAAAGAUCGUUGUCCCUUACCGCCUAUGGCGUUGUUGUGGUCAAGCAAUGCGUAUCCGGAGGCAAAACAAUGGCCAACUGCAUAUGUAGGUAGAAUGCAACAAUACUUAAGCCUAAUGACAAUUAAUACAACGCAUGUAGACCUAAGUGGACACUGA